UUUUCUGAAAAGACUGAGGUUUCCUAUAUCCUGAGUGCUGGAGAUGGUAGAACUCUGUUUCAGAUCCACAGCUGAAAUAGCAUCUUUCUGUUUCUGUACAGAUGAUAAGACACGGGUUCCUCUGGGAGAAAAGAAUGGCUACAUUAAUGCAAGUUACAUUAGAAUGAAUGUUGGAGAAGAGGAACACUUUUAUAUUAUAACCCAAGGGCCUCUGCCAUCCACUAUGGCUGAUUUCUGGCAAAUGGUUUGGGAGAGUGAAUCAGAUGUGAUUGCCAUGAUGACAAAAGAAGUGGAGUUAGGGCAAGUCAAAUGUCAUCGAUACUGGCCUGAAUCUCCCUAUGACUCUAAAGACCUGGCUAAUUUCUAUCUCAGGCUACACAAUUACCAGAUUAUGGAAUACUUCAUAAUUAGAAAAAUAGAAAUUAUCAACAAGCAGACAGAAGAAAAGCGCAUUAUAAAUCACUUGCAAUUUAUCACUUGGCCAGAGCACAAUACUUCCAAACUGGCUGAGCAGCUUGUAAAAUUUAUUUGUUACAUGAGAAAAGCUCACAGGAAUGGAUGUCAACAACAUGGUGAAAUCUCUUAG